CUGAUCCCAUGUGCUUCCAUUCAGACUGUCUGCAAGUGAAGGCCAUGCUCCUGGCCGCACAUUCUGGCUCUUGAGUUUGGAGAAGUGGGUGACUGUACACAGGGAAGAACACUGUGCUGGCUGCACUUCCAGUGAUGCCACCAAUGCUCAUGGCUCCCUCCAGCUCUGCCCAGAAGUGCCUCUUGGAGGCGGGAAUCAAUGGAGUUUGUCAAGCUGAUGCAUGGGUUUGCUAGAAUUGGCCUUAGAAUUAAAACCCCUCAUGUGGCCUUUUCAGAUAUGCAUUUGAGACAGAGUUCUGUGUAGAGGCUGAAAUGUCUGGAAGAAUUCUUGUUUCUGUCACUACUUUUCCUGCCUUUUUGCAACUCUGCCUGAUUUCAAUGAUGUGAUAUUUAGAGGGACACCUUCACCGAAGUCGUUCUCCAAAAAGACACAUCUGGCCAAAGAUUGUCUAUAUAAUCCACAAUGGCCAGUCAGCCACCAGAAGACGCUGCAGAGUCUCAGGUCUCCGACGAACUUGAGUGUAAGAUCUGCUAUAAUCGAUACAAUCUGAAACAGAGGAAACCCAAAGUGCUGGAAUGUUGUCACAGGGUUUGUGCCAAAUGCCUCUACAAGAUCAUAGAUUUUGGGGACUCCCCCCAAGGUGUCAUCGUCUGUCCCUUCUGUAGGUUUGAGACAUGCCUGCCAGAUGAUGAAGUUAGUAGCCUGCCCGAUGACAACAACAUCCUCAUAAACUUGACUUGUGGGGGCAAAGGCAAGAAGUGCCUGCCAGAAAACGCCACCGAGCUGCUGCUGACCCCCAAGAGGCUGGCCUCUCUCGUCAGUCCUUCUCACACUUCCUCCAACUGCCUGGUUAUAACCAUCAUGGAGGUGCAGAGAGAGAGCUCCCCAUCUCUCAGCUCCACUCCUGUGGUAGAAUUUUAUAGGCCUACAAGUUUUGACCCUGUUACCACCGUGUCACACAACUGGACUGUGUGGAACUGUACCUCCCUGCUGUUUCAGACAUCCAUCCGGGUGUUGGUUUGGUUGCUAGGUUUGCUCUACUUCAGCUCCUUACCCUUAGGGAUCUACCUGCUGGUCUCUAAGAAGGUCGCCCUUGGGAUCAUCUUUGUUAGCCUUGUCCCUUCGAGCCUGGUUAUUCUGAUGGUGUAUGGUUUUUGCCAGUGUGUGUGUCAUGAAUUUCUAGACUGUACAUUACCUUCUUAAUUGAUAUGCAAACUAAGAAAUUGGACACACAUUGCUAUGUUUCAAGUUAGGUAAUUUAUCACAGAUUUUAUAUUCUCUAUGUUUAGACAUAUUGGCCAUAUGUCUGUGGUCCAUUUUUCCAUCAAAUGUUGACACAGUUGGUUUUCAUGCGUGCUGAAAGUACAAAUGUUUAUUUCUAUUUAGGUGUUAGCAGAGAAGCAAAAAUAUGUAAGCUAAGCCUUCAUGGAGCUCUUUCCAUGAGUCUUCCCAGAGAAAGGUCAGGAUUUCACUCAGUCAUUCUAGGUGGACCCUGAGGAGGUGGGUAGAAGUAUUAGCCUGCAGUAGAAUCUUCAUGGAAAAUUAGGAAUGACCUGAUUCCUCUUCUCAUCAUCGUUGAUAAUCUACCAGUGUACCGGUUAAUAAUGAAGAUUUUGUAAUCAAAGAAAACACGAUAAUUUCAAGAGAAAUAUCAAAAGUGCUUUAUUCAAAGUAAUGUCCAUCACUAGCUACACAUUUCCCCCAUGUUUCAGGAAAUUUGUGGACCCCGUCCCAACAGAACUUGUCUUGUUUUGAGGCAAACCAUUUACUUUUCCACUUCUUUGUAUGUUUUGAAGUGUUGCUCAGAAAGUGAGUGUGCCAUCGACUGGAACAAGUGGUAAUCUCAAG